AUGUUGUCAGCUGAAAGCACUAAGAUUUUCUUUGACUUGCUGAAGACAAGUGCACAGUCCAUGUCAAUCCCCGACAUUGACCAAGUUUUGGAGGAAGUAUUACUGAAGCUGCCAGUCGAUGUUCUACUCACUUUCAAAUGUGUAUCCAAGCAAUGGCUCUCUAUCAUCUCCCAUCCAGCAUUUGGCUAUCUACAUUUCCGAGGCAACCCUGGCAUGUAUUUCGUUGCUGGCUUCCUUUUCUAUCAUUUGUCUGAGCCUCGUAAUCCCAGAAGUGCCUUCAUUUACCUUGAAGAAUAUGGUCUUGCAAUGGCUUGCUGUGUUUAUGCGUUUUUACUGGUGGGAAGUACUGUUGUUGUGAAUACAUUUGAUCCUUACGUGUCGCAGUACUAUAAAGCUGUUUGUGUUUCAAUUGUCGGAAUGCAAUAUCGCUUCUCUAUCUACUCAUCUGAAACCAAAAUCUGGAGAGAAGCUGGUAAUGCUUUGGACAUAACCAAUGAGGAUCAUUAUCUUAAAAGAGGUGUUUUCUGUAAUAAUUCUGUGCAUUGGAUUAGCAAGUUGGGGCCUUUUUUGCAUUUUGAUACGGAUAAAGAGUGCGUUCAAAUGAUGCCGGCAACUCCAAUACAUAUGGGAAAGUGA